AUGGGCGAUCUUUCGUACGAACAGCAGUCAUCUGGUCAUCACAAUCAGGACCAUAUUGCAUCCGAAGGUCACCUCCCGCUCCGCGCCUAUUCGGCCGCCACCACCACCGUGGGUGCCUGCUCUACUCCCACCACAACCAUAACCUAUUCCUCGAUUGCCCCAUUUAACUACAACGCCCCAUACGAUUCAUCGCUACCUACCCCUGUGUCUGUUGCUGGUUCACCAUCGUUAUCAGACAGCGCAUCAGUGAAGAUGGUACACUCAUUCAGCAACCCUGGGAGCACUUCCCAGCAGCCUACACCUCCUGGCACCUCCCGUUCGAGUACUGCGGAUUGGUACAGCAAUGCUCAAAAUCAUACCAUGAUCCGCAGCACUCAACCACCAUCUCCAUUAACACACCAUGCGCCAGAUAUACUUGGACUCCUUGACGAUACACACUCACCACCACAGCAACAAGUUAUUCCGGUCACAAGCGUAGAGAACUAUUACGGUCAUUAUGGUGUUUCUGGCCCGGAUCCUCAGGAUGACUUAUCCCCUCCGAUGGCAUCAGCGACGCUCUUCUCAAGCAGUCCACACAUCAAUCCAUCAGCUCUGCUGAAGGGUUACCAGAUGGGUCCCAGCUCCCACCUUCACAUGGCACCAGCACCGCCACAACUGCCACUUAUGAACAACAUGCAUGGCCAAGGAUCUCUAGGUACUCACAUUCCUCACAUCGACAAUCUUCACAACCAUGAGAGCUAUGGUUUAGGACAUGCUCCCAUUGUUCUAGGCAUGGAACCAUCCUAUAAGAGAGCGGCAAGACGCGGGGGCAUCAGGCGCAGCCAACCACCACGGAAGCGUCAGCGUGGUAGUAGGGCCGCAAGACAGUCACCUUAUCAUGGUAUUGGAGCACACGAUGACCAGGUACCCUCUCGGGCUGGAUCAAAGUCUCCCGUGAGGCGCAUCAAAGAGGAGCGUGAACCUCGCCAGGUUCUCCAACUUCGCCAUGACAAGGAUCGACCUGAAGAUCAUUUUCUCUUUAGUUUGAGAGAAGAACUGAUCAACGAAAAGGGCAAGGGCAUGUGGGACAAGAUUGCAGAAAGAUAUCACGAACGUUAUGACAAAAAGGAACGCGCUGCUUUGCAGAUGCAGCUUUCCCGCGCAGUAUUGAAGCUGGCCAUUUGGCCUGAAGAUGAGGACAGAGCUCUCACCGAGGCAAUAGAAGAAUACGACAAGCGUCGCUAUAUCGAUAUACUCAAGAUCAUGAAGGAGAAGAAAGGCUGCCGAGUAUGGGACUGGAAACCCGAGCACAUUGCUAAACGCUUAUCGGAACUCGGCGAAGAAGAAUACGAUCCCGAUCUCAAGCCAAAGAAGAUCAGAAGAAGGCGCAAGGAGAUCCAACGCGAGAAGGGGCAGCCAAACCUAUGGGCAGAGCCGAGUCCCCCGUCAGCCGUGUAUGAUGAGCGCGGUCUGAGCCUACAAACGAGGAACAACCUAUCAUCAGAAGAGGAGGAACGCUUGCUCGAAGCCUUCUUUGUUCCAGAAGAGGAAUCUCCGGCAAAUCACCCCGAUGCCAUGGACUUGUCUGGGUCGUUUCCUCAUUCGCGGCGAACCAGUGCCCAGCAGGAUCAUCAAAGCGAGCGUGUGGCGAAGCAAGCUUGCGAUCAAAUGAUUGCUCAACACAGCGAAACCACGCCGUAUUAUGACAGCUCGAGCAGGGGCCAGCAAAGCUAUCCUCACCUGUCUUGA